GAAGCAGAUUGUGUAGUCUUCCCUGGGAAGCCACAGUGGCUCUGGCAGUAGAGGUUCUAAUGGAGAAUUUUCUCUUUCAGGAGCUGACAAGUGUAUUUCCAGCAGGACUGAAAACCCUCUGGAAUUCACACACUUUGAUUGAAACCCAAAAGUUGCAGAAUCUGCUGGAAGAGGUCACUCAGCUGCGGGCGGAGAUCAGCGGUUUGAAGGAACUGACCCAGACGGCUUUGGAAUCCUGUGUCAAGAUGGACUGGGCCCUGAAGAGCUCUGGAGCCACCAUUGACACACAGAGAACUUCCCAGACCUAUGACUGCAAAGACAGCGGUCUCUGCAGGAUUUUACGCUUAUUCUGGACUGCCAGCCCUCCUGAUACUAUUCUGCAGCCAAAAGUUUUCCCAGGAAACUGCUGGGCUUUCAAAGGGCAUCAGGGCCAGGUUGUCAUCAGGUUGCCAGCACGAGUCCACCUGACUGCCAUCACAGUGCAGCACAUCACCAAAGAAGCCUCUCCAAGUGGGACCAUCAUCAGUGCCCCCAAAGACAUCGCUGUCUUUGGAGUGGAUGCAGACAGAGAAGAGGAAACUCUCCUGGGGAUGUUCACCUACAAUACAGAAAAAGACCCCAUUCAGACUUUCCCUCUGAAGAGCAUGCUGCUUCCCAGAGCCUUUUCACAUGUCAAACUUCUUGUGAAGAGCAACUGGGGAAACCCGUGGUAUACCUGCAUUUACCGAGUGCAGGUUCAUGGAAAGAUGGAAAACUGGAAAGCCCCAACCGAGGGCCAAGAUAAAUAAAAAAGAAAACACAAAAGAAGAAGAAAGGGCAAAGGGAAGAAGGGAAAUGGGGGGAAUGAUGUGGCAGCCCAAUGUUGAUUUUAGAGGAUGCAUGUGGGACUGUGUCAGGUGAGUUUUACGUAAGAUACUAGGAAUCGUAGAAUCAUUAAUCCCUCUGUUGAAAGGGACCCAUAAGGGUCAUCAAGUCCAACUCCUGGCCCUGCACAGGACAGCCCCAACAAUCACACUGUGUGUCUGACAGCUGGCUCAGUGCCAUGACCACUUCUCUGGGAAGCCUGUUCCAGUGCUCAACCACCCUUUGAGUGAAGAACCAUGUGGGUAAAGAACCUUCUGGGCGAAAAAUCUUCUGGGUGAAUCACAAAAUCUGCUGAGUUGGAAGGGACCCACAAGGAUCAUUGAGUCCAAAUCCUGCAACUCCUGGCCCUGUACAGGACCACGCCAACAACUACACCAUGUGUCUGACAGCUGGCUCGGUGCUGUAGCCAAUUCUCUGGGGAACCUGUUUCAGUACCUGACCACGUUCUGGGUUCUGGUUCUUCACUCAGGAGAAGGUUCUUUAGCCAAAGGUUCUUCACCUGUUUCUUCCGGACAGUUAAAGGCUCUUCAGGAGGGGUAGGCAGGGCAGAAGGGGUGUAGGAGGCCCUUCCAAGUCCUAGGUUCCAUGGUUCUAUGAUUCUAUGAUUCUGUGACUGGUUGUUUCCAACCCAUCUCUUCUAAACACCUGACACAGUGGUAUAUGUGUCCUGUCCCAGAAACAGAGUGGAAGCCACAAGUCCAGGGUUUAAGAUGAUGGCAGAAUGCAUGGAAACCUCUACUCCUUGACCAUGGAUGUGUAGUGAGAGACUAACUUGUGCCAGACCCUAGCACUACUGACUAAAAUAAAAAAGCCAUA